CGCUUCUCUGGGUGCUUGCACUCUCUCCUUUGCGCUCAGGUCAGCCAGGGCGACAUUAGGCCCAUCCCAACAAAACAAAUGGUCGCCCCCGACGAUUCCCACCUGCCCGGACGCAACGUUGCGUUCACUGGUGAACACGAGCGUGUUCUAGCUGGCGAUUUUGUUGAAUCCUGUUCUCUGCUUCCUGUCUCCCCUCCGUGUUCAUACACCCGUGCUUCUUGUUCUUUGCUAUCUAGCGUUCCCAUAUCACGGAAUAGAUAUACUCCAGUUGGCUAUCCAGUCUGAUAGAGGCGGUUUACACGUCUCCUCCAUCCUGUAAGGCCUUCUAUCACGUUUUCGCACAACAGAAAUGGAAAACCUUUCUGCGAGCAAGUCCAAUGAAAAGCCGGACUCCUCGGCCAACAUGGACACCUCUCCAGAGAUCCCGGCAGCACUAUCUGGCCAUAAUCCAUCUCAUCCCGCAGAUACUCGACAUGAUCAAGAGUCUGAGCUCCAUGUCUCGGUAGAAGAAGUUGAAUCUGUUGAGUCCAACCGCGUGGGUAGCGCUGAGAGAGUCAUCGAGCAUAGCCCCGAACAACAAGCCGCAGAGCACACCCAUGUCUCCGCCGCUGAGCCGUCCGAGCUUGAAGAGACCGACCCUCUCCAAACUCAGCGACCAUGGACUGGCCGUGACUUCGAGACAAGCUUGCACUUUGCAGAGCGUGUCACAGGUUGUCCUCGUUCUUUGUCGUCAAGGUACUGUCCCGUCCACACCAAACUUCUACCGCCUACAACAAGCGGCCACAUCCAGACUGACGAAACAUCCAGCUCUAUCAGAGGAACAGCAAAGCCGUUGUUCGAACGAGACUCAGUUCCUUCGCCCAGCCCCGCAACCCACAGCACCGCGAGAGCCGAACUCCCAUCCACCGCGGGCAGCCACAGUCGCGCCAACGGCGUCGAUCGAAGAGCGAUCGCCCGAGUCCUCCUCGCGCGUGUCGACCGGCACCGGGACCCGAUAUUCUAUGGGCCGGUGAACCGGGCCGUGGAAGACGAUCGUCCGUGGGGGCUACGCUCGUGCAAGCAUGGCCGAAUGGAGCGGGUGCCCCUCGUGGAUCCGCACGAAGUGUGUGACCGUUGCGGGCGCAGACCGGCGCUCGGCUGGCUCUAUCAGUGUGCCGUGGACGAGCCCGGCUUCGGGGACCCCAAUGGUACCAGAGACGGUGAGGUGCAGAGUCCAUGGAUGGUCGCCGCCAUCAAGGCUGGGAAGUACACCGAUGCGCAGAAGGAACAGCUCCUCGAGCAGAAGCUAACUGUCUUCCGUCGGGCGUACGAGGAGAGAGUCGCUUACAACCUGCGUUUGUCUGGAGUCCCCGUCUUCUUUCAGAUGCACAGGGCGGAGGAGGAGCAGAACACCGAUUCCGAUGACGAUGGGCCUCAUGUUCAGAUGAUUGAAGAUGUGCAGAAGAGCUGUAGCUCGGAUGCUAACAGUGCUUCAUCCACUACCCAGGCGGCGGGCGUGCAGCAGGGACCGGGACAUGGCGAUCAUGACAACGAUGAGGCCGGGCGAGUGAAGCAUAUCGAGGAUAUUCAGUACAAUGCCCGUCGCAGGUCAGACUCCACUCCUCAAAGCACUCUUCCCACCCAGGUUGGAAACUCUGACACUUCCGCUCCCCCACUGCGGCCUAUCCCACCCUGCAAGUGGCGGGCCUGCCAUCGUUGCGUACCUGCACACAUGGAACGGGCAUGGGCAAGCAUCAACGCAGUAUGUAGACCCGAAUUCCCGAUCCCGGAUGCCUACAACUUGAGCGAGCGAGUGGUCGUGAACGCUGUGUUUGUCUCCAACCUAGGACAGCGACCCAACCCAUCCCCCGCUCCUCCCCCGGUGCCCCGAUACUAUGGAGGCGAGUCGCAAUCCGCACAACAUGCCGUGACGAGCUAUCGUGGCGUCGCACGCUUAUCGUCUUACCUCACAACCGCAGCCACCGGAUCAACCUCUCAGGGCUCCUCUUCUGCCUCGAGAGUGACAAGCCCUGCGUCCCGGUCGACCGUGGAUCUCCCGUCAUACAUGUCGACAUCGACCGGUGAUGCGUCCAGGUCAGCUUCCCAAGCUACUAGUACGUACACCUCUUCAUCCACAAAGGACCCCGACAACCGAACUACAUCCAUUCUCCCCACUUACCCGUUGGCCGGAAACAACAAUCCAUCACAUUCCACCCACAAUCUACCCCCGCCACCAUCCACCCCCAACCACGCCCUCUCCUCAUCCACCACCGGCCCCCCCUCAUAUCCAGUCACAGCCACUACCAGCCAAGUCCACGCGCCCUCCUCCCACCCCGCGAACAGAGAAUUCUACCCACCCCCGGCCAACCGACUGCAGCGCGCGCGCGCCAGAUUGCAGACCAUCCUCGAACCCCUCGGACGCAGCCUGACGCCCUCACCCGUGGAUUAUUCCGCUGAAGCUUCCUCCGCCUGGCGAAAUAUCGGGAUGGAAAUGCGUACGAGACUCCGUGCGAAGCGAUAUGGGCGGUUCUUGUGGCAGCGUUACAGGAACGUGCAGCCCCUGCUCUGCCCGCGCGGCCCGCGCGGCCCCUGUCCCUUCCCCAUGGCCCCCGGGUACCUCAUGGCUGCGGACCCCGAUGAGGUCAGAGAGGAGCGCGAGCUGUUCCGGUUUGGGCAGAUGGUGGAGCGGGAGCGCUGCAUUAAUUCGGGGCUUCAUGUCUGGGAGGAUGUUAUGCCUGUGGUUCAGGAGGUGGGGGAUUGGGUGGAGGGAGUUGAGGGGGAGGAGGGGGCCACGAUUGGGGGAGAGACGAGUGAGGACGAGAUGAGUGAGGAGGAAGUCAGCGAGGAGGAGAAAGCUCAGGAAGAGGCAAAUGAGGAUAAGGGUAAGGGCAAGGGGAAACUGGAGCAUGUUGACAAGGGGGACGAUUGCUACCAGGGAAAUAGUGACUCGGAGGACUCAGUUGGCUCGCAUGAGUCGGAUUUUGUGGACCCAAUCUUGAUACCGUGAUGGGUGAAGAGUGCCUGAAGUGACUUCUCCAUGAGGUGAGGUGAGCUACAGGGAAACUGUCUCCACUACUGUGCCGUGGUCGCUGAAUUGGUUUGUCAUGCUGUUGCUGGGACGUUGAGCUCGGUGUUGAA